AUGACGGAGGGGCGGGAUGGAUUCGUGCUUGUGCUUGUGGAGGUGGAGGAGGUGUUGGAUUCGACGGGGCGGGUUUUGGCGGAGGUGGAUGGGGUGGAGGUUGGUUGGUCGGUGGAGGUGGUGGAGGUGGAGGUGGAGGUUGGUGGGUCGGAGGUGCUGGUGGAAGGAACAUCGGAGGAGGUCGAAGGAACAUCGGAGGUAGAGGAAGGAACAUCGGAGGUGGAAGUCGGCUGCUCGGAAGAUGUGGAGGACACGACCGAGGUGGAAGGGGCGUCUGUAGAAGUCAGGGCAGCAGAGGAAGACGAGGCACCACCGGUAGAGGUAGAGGUCAGGGCAGCAGAAGACGAAGAAGCAGAAGAUGGAUCGGUAGAGGUCGUGGUAGAAGUGACGUCAGAAGAAGAGGCACCAGUACUAGUACUGGUUGUGGUUGGGAAAGCGGUGCUGGACACGGGCGUGGUGGUGGAUGGAGAGGUAGAGGUGACGUCAGAAGAGGAGGCGCUGGGGGUGGUCGAGGAGGCGGUGAUGUCGGAAGAGGUGGUGGCGACGGAGGAUGAAGGGGUGAGAGAAGACGGGAUGAUUGAGGUAAGGAUGCCGGUGGAUGAUGUCACAGCAGAAGUCGUGGAUGAAGGGUCGGCGGAUGUGAGCGCGGACGAAGAAGACAUGGAGGAACUAGCAGGAGACGAGGUAAGUACGGUAGAGGAAGCAGAAGGGGAUGAAAUUGUCAGUAAGGAGGAAAGAGGUGUAGAAGAAACGGCAAGAGAGGAGAAAGAGAGCGAAGCUGAAGUGGACUGUGUGGCGGAGUCGGAUGAGGUAGGGAGGAGGACGAAAGAGGAGGAGGAUGUAUCAGAUGUGGAUGUGGACAGGAGCGAUAAGGACGAGGAAGUAGGUUCAGUUGAAGAGGAAGAACUAGACUGA